UUCAGCUGCAGCUGCAGCUGCCUGCUGACUCAUGCACUGGUGACCAACAGGGAACAUGGCUUCUGCCGUGGUGGCAGCACUCAUGGGCUGGGGGUUUCUGGAUUACAAGACAGAGAAGUAUGUGAUGACUAGAAACUGCCGGGUGGGUGUCUCUCAGAGGCUGCUGCAGCUGGGAGUGGUGGCCUACGUGAUAGGGUGGGCCCUCUUGGCCAAAAAAGGCUACCAGGAAUGGGACUUGGACCCCCACAUUUCUGUCAUCACUAAACUCAAAGGGGUUUCUGUAACCCAGAUUAAGGAGCUAGAGAACCGGCUGUGGGAUGUGGCUGAUUUCGUGAAGCCAUCACAGGGAGAGAAUGUGUUCUUCCUGGUGACCAAUUUCCUCGUGACACCAGCUCAAGUCCAGGGCAGAUGCCCAGAGCACCCUUCCGUUCCUCUGGCUAACUGCUGGGAAGACAAGGACUGUCCUGAAGGGGAGACAGGAACGCACAGCCAUGGCAUAAAAACGGGUCAGUGUGUGGUAUUCAACGGAACCCACAGGACCUGUGAGAUCUUGAGCUGGUGCCCAGUGGAGAGUGGUGCUGUGCCCAGGAAGCCCCUGCUAGUUCAGGCCAAGGACUUCACACUUUUCAUCAAAAACACUGUCACCUUCAGCAAGUUCAACUUCUCUAAAACCAACGCCUUAGAUACCUGGGACAGCACCUAUUUCAAGCAUUGUCGCUAUGACCCCCAUUCCAGCCCGUACUGUCCAGUGUUCCGCAUCGGGGACCUUGUGGCCAUGGCUGGAGGGGACUUUGAGGACCUGGCAUUGCUGGGUGGUGCUGUGGGCAUCAGCAUCCACUGGGACUGCAACCUGGACACCAGGGGCUCUGCCUGCUAUCCCCAGUACUCCUUCCAGCUGCAGGAGAGAGGGUACAACUUCAGGACAGCCAAUCACUGGUGGGAAGCCUCGGGUGUGGAGGCCCGGAGCCUGCUCAAGCUCUAUGGGAUCCGCUUUGACAUUCUUGUCACUGGGAAGGCAGGGAAGUUUGCACUCAUUCCGACUGCCAUCACAGUGGGCACAGGAGCAGCUUGGCUGGGCAUGGUCACCUUCCUCUGUGACCUGCUACUACUGUAUGUGGAUAGAGAAGCCGGUUUCUACUGGAGGACCAAGUAUGAAGAAGCAAAAGCUCCAAAGGCAACUAUCAACAACACUGCAUAGACUGAACUGACUUUCACACCUGCAAAUCCUGCUGCCUAGUGUCUCAGUAGUGACUUGCACCUGCCCCAUCCAUGUCUAUUGCUGCUGGGAUCCAGACAUCCAUCCACCAGUGGCCGUGUCUGGGUGGUUAUCAUCCUUUGGCCUAUCCAUUCCUGAGGCUUACAGCCGCUCACUGUGGGUUAAAGUUCAAGGGACGGGAAGGAUAAGGGUUCUGGCUUGAGAACAUCAAGGACAAAGCUCCAGUAGGACUGGAGGUGGGUGUUUCCACCGGACUCCUUCCUGGGUCCAGCCUGAGAGGGUAGAAGGCAAUCUGGCCAAAAGAUUGAUUUCCUGGUUCCUUGGGAUUCUCUGUCUUCUGGGUGACUCUGCCAUGCAGUUCAAGGCCCCUUGACCUGACCAACAGGUUUCUCAGGGGCCUAGGUGAGAUGAGAGGCGGCACAUCUAGGAUUUCCUGCCAUCAAGACAUUUCUGGCAACCUCAAUGUACACUAAAGCAUCUUCCUUCCAGAGGCCCUAAGUCUGGCCCCAGCCAGUGUGCCAGAGUUUUGAGGUAUGCUCUCCAUGAAGGACACUGAGGGUAGUUGGUUCUGGAUCUGUAUUCAUGUAGGGCUUUGAUUCCCCCUGAUUAGAGACUUCCUCCAUGCCCCAAAGCCCACAGAAAGGAUGGCAGGGAUAGGGGCCACAGAAACACAGCUGUUUCUUGGUCCAAGUGUGGGGCAUAAUUUAUAGAGUUUGAACCCCUGGGAGGGAAGAGGCAGCUUUGUUAUGGAUGCACAGUGACCAGGGGAGUCCCAGACUCAGUAGUCCUCGGGGACCCAAAGAACUGUGAUAUCACCGCUGAAGUAAAGCUUGCCAAAGCAAGCAGCUUCCUGUGUAGUCUUUAAAGGGAGAAAUGAGAAGGAGAUAUUUACCUUAGACAGAGGGAGAUGCAGAGUGGACCUGGGACUUUCUCCCUCUCUGAACUGUAGCCUUGCAGUUGCCUAGUAGGCUGGCAGGUAGUGGACACAGGGCCAAGCACAUGUGCAUCCAUGCAUACUCAAGUGUGCCACUCAUGUACUACUCCAAGCCCACCUCUCGUGGACACUGUUGUUCUGGAGAUUAAUGAGUAGUAGGGGCCCUAAAGACUUCAUCUGAAACCCUCCCAGAGUAUACAGAGACAGUAAAAGAGUGAGCUGUGGCCAGGAGCCUGGAUUUGGAAACAGUGAUCAACUUAGUCUGUACAUAGUGUGCACUCCAAGGGUAGCUGUGUGGGCCAUGCAGGAAUGCGCUGGGGGGAGUGUCUUGUGGCUGUAUACCUGUGUUCAGUGCAUUUCAAUGUCUCUAGGCAGUCCUUGGGCACAUGCUUUGAAUCCCAGGAGCCCAGGAAAAUCAAGAGACCCUGACACCCAAUGCCUUUUUAGUUACUUUUUCUGAGUCCAGGUUACCCUGCUAGAGGACAUGUCAAGGAUCUGGGGAUACAGAUUACUAGUGGAAUCCUUGCCUAUCAAUCUCAAGGUCCUGACUUCCAUCUCAAGCACCACUAAAACACACACACACACACACACACACACACACACACACAC